AUGUUCGAGACGUACUUAUUUCGACAACUCGACGUUCAACCUACGCUAAACGAAAGCGAGCGCUUAAGAAUAUUGGAGUUGACAAGCUUCAAUUUUAACGAAUUUUAUUGCAAUGGAGAUGUUCGAUUCUGCCCGGAAAAGCAAAUUUUAUACAAAGCAAAUCGAUUACUUGAAAAAUAUCUUGAUGAUAUGCUCGAAAUUCAAAAAACCCACAAUUUUGAAAUUGUCCGAAUCCGUUUGUUUUUUGCAUUUGUAAAAUCGGGUCAUAUAAGCCUUCUUGGACAAGAUUGGGCUAAAGCUCUUUCUGCCUAUCAAAAUGCAUAUAACAUUAAUUCUGAUUUAUUCUGGCGCGAUCCAGAAAACUAUUAUGGGCUGGGGUUGGUAUAUUUGCAUUUUAAAGAGUAUAAAUUUGCAAUUGAUGCAUUCACCAGACUUUUGUAUUCGUUUCCAAUAGGAGAUCAUGUCGUGGAAGCAAAAGCUCGACUAGCUGUGUGUUAUCACAAUAUCGACGAUUUUUCAAGAGCAAUAAAGCUGUAUAAUCAAGCCCUUCUGGAUAAAUCAGACACCCCAUUUAUGGAUAAAUAUGUCAUCCGAUUCAAUAUUGCACUGGCGAACGAAAAUUCCAAAGAACUCAGUAAAGCAGAAGAAGAGUAUAAAAAACUUGCCGAAGAUAUCGAAACGCUGAUCAAAGAGAAACAAAAUGAAGUUUCCACGCCUGAACAAGUUAAGCUACAAGCUGCCAUAUUCCGUCAAUUGGGAUGGAUUGAAUAUCGUCGUAGUUGCCAAGAUGAUGCGGAAAAGACGACCCACAUUGAAAAUGCGCGAGUACAUCUUUUGAGAUCGCAAAGCAUUGACAGCACAGAUGGAAAAAGUUAUUACUACUUGGGACGAUGUUUUGGAGAAAUAGAAGAUAAAGUGAGUGCUCAUGACGCUUUUGUGAAUUAUCGGCAAUCAAUUGAUAAAAGUGAGGCAAAUGCGGAUACGUGGUGCUCGAUUGGUGCACUUUAUCAGAAACAAACGCAGCCGAUGGAUGCGCUUCAGGCGUUUAUUUGUGCCGUUGAAUUGGACCCUGAGCAUUCAGCAGCAUGGACUGAUUUAGGAGAAUUGUAUGAGAAACACGCGCAAUUUUACGAUGCAUUGGAGUGUUACAAAAAUGCUGUGAAGCAUAAUCCAUGUUCUCCUGAACCGUUGAAGGCUAGGAUAAUAGUUUUAGAGAAAGAGCUUGCACUACCAGUUCCACAAAAACCGGCGGGCCAAUCAGCGAGCAAGGUUCUUCCUUCUUUGAAAGACGCUUGGACUCAACCAAUUCCAUCGGAACUUCGCCAACGACAAGAGGAAUUCUAUCGGGUGAAGGAACAAAGAUAUAGAGACGGUAGUGCUCUUUGGAGAAUGGGAAGCUUAGCUGCGCCUGUUGGAGAACAAGAAAUUGAGUCAUUCAACCACCAUAACAUUACUCAAAUUGAACUUUGUAAGGUUCUUUACCACAAUCGUGGACAUAACGAUCCUAUUGAAGAAGCUUUCCUCGAUUAUUGCGACGUCCAGUUUUGUAUGAACGCGCGCCUUAUCACAGAUAAGCUCCUUCCGCCUCAAAUGAUUCAACACCUUCCGCAAUUUACCGAUGAAGAUAUUCAAAAGAUAUUAGACCAAUCCGUUCCUAGAUUCAAACUUGAAUUGAAGAAAGGUCCAAUGCCGAAUAAGCCAGUGUCGGAUUUGCCUAAUACGUUCAGUCUUCUUGCUCCAGUUAAGGUUCCAUAUGACACCUGUGCGCAGGAAAUUCUGGAGUUAGCCGGAAGACGUGUACAUAAAACGGACUUUAAACCACUCUUCGAAGAAGAUGUCUGUCCUCCGUCUCCACCAAAGGCGCCGAAAGCGGAAAGACAACUUUCUCGAGCAGAGUUGACUCGUCCGACUCCAUUGCUAAUUUGCGACACGCGUAAAGACGUUCAAUCGAUCGAAUUGCAAAAAUUCUGUGAAACAACUCCGAUAGCAUUGGUCCGUGGCUUGACUGCCGUUUUGAAAAUGGAUCUUUCCAAAUUUUCCACCAAAGCACUUUUGGAUGCCGCUGGUGCCGAUGAGAUGGAAGUUCGAACUCAAUACCGCAUGCCAUCCGAUUUAAACGUCGAUGCCGCUGGAAAUCCAACUUGGUCGUGCUAUAGCAUGCAAGCGUUCACCACUAUUACCAAGUACGCACAAUACCAGGCUGAGACAUUCAAAAUAUCAUUGAAAGAGGAAGCAGAAAAACUUCGCAUAACCGGUGCAAAGUAUGCGCAGCAAAUGGCAGCUGAAAUGCACGGCGCAAAGCGCAGAAAGUGCAACGGAACCGAUGAGUUCAUUGUUCCAAUGAAAACAAUCAAAUUUGGAACCAAUGUCGAUCUCUCCGACGACGUCAAAUGGAAGGCUCAACUCCAAGAACUUUCCAAGAUGCCACCGUUCUGCCGCUUGAUAUCUGGAGGAAAUAUGCUUUCUCACUUCAGCCACCAAAUUCUAGGAAUGAAUACCGUUCAACUUUAUAUGAAAGUCCCGGGAUCAAGAACUCCAGCUCAUCAGGAGAAUAACUGUUUUGCUUCAAUUAAUAUCAACAUUGGUCCUGGCGACUGUGAGUGGUUUGCGUGCCCAUACGAGUACUGGGGUGUAAUUGAGAAGCUAUGUCGAAAGAACGGCAUCGACUUCCUUAGAGGAUCUUAUUGGCCGAACCUUGAUGACCUUUAUCGUGCGAACGUGCCAAUUUAUAGAUUUACGCAAAAAGCCGGUGACCUUGUCUAUGUUGGUGGAGGAUGCGUGCAUUGGGUUCAAGCCAAUGGAUGGUGCAAUAAUAUUGCUUGGAACGUUGGACCGAUGAACUGUACGCAACUCACUAUGUCGCUUCUAAGCUAUGAAUUCAACAAGUUAAACAAUUACAAGUCACUUGUUCCAAUUCAAUGUAUGGCUUGGCAACUAGCUAAAAAUGUGCGCUUCACUAAUCAAGGAUUGUACACACAAGUGCGAGGACUUCUCAUCAAAUCUCUGAGCUUUCUCAAAAUGGUUCUUGACUAUGCCAUUGCAAAUGGUAAACAGGUGAAGCCGCAUAAGCGUACUAAAGGUGAAUUCACUCAUUAUUGCACAUCGUGCGAGAUCGAGGUUUUCAACAUCUUGUUUGUCAAGGAGAACGUGAAUAAGAAGUUCACCGUCUUUUGCGUUUACUGCGCAAGAACCCAAGGAAUUGACGAGUUCAUCGUGCUUCAACAGGUCCCUAUAAGCGAACUUGUUGAAAUUUACGAUGGAAUGAUUCUUAAUCCAUCACCUAAUGUUCCACUCACCGCCUAA